CCCACGCGCGCAGAUUACGAAUAACAAAGUUUACGAUACCCUGCCAUGGCUAAUUCAUGUGCAUGGUCGGGAGUGAGAAAAGGUGCAUGGUCUGAAGAAGAAGAUAAUCUUUUGAGGAAGUGCAUUCAGAAAUAUGGUGAAGGAAAAUGGCAUCUUAUUCCCUUUAGAGCUGGGUUGAAUAGGUGCAGAAAAAGUUGCAGAUUAAGAUGGCUGAACUAUCUCUGUCCAGAUAUAAAGAGAGGCGACUUCAAAUUGGAUGAAGUGGAUCUAAUUCUGCGCCUCCAUAAGCUCUUAGGCAACAGGUGGUCGCUUAUUGCCGGAAGAAUUCCAGGAAGAACAGCAAACGAUGUGAAGAAUUACUGGAACACCCAUAUUCAGAAAAAGGUAUUUGCCAUGGCAGCCGCUUCAUCCGAUAAUUGGAAGGGCAAAGCCACAGAAAUGAGGGAAAACACCGUUGUUAGGCCUCGACCUCGGAGAUUAUCUCGGACGCCAUUGACCGGAAAAGCUGCCGCCGUUACUUGUGAUGCUCAAAUCCAAGGACAUAAGAUACCAACAUCGGAGUUGGUAAUGGAAAAUUUGCAACAAAACAACACAAUCACGUCAGAAUUAGAAACAACAACGUCAAACGACAGAUUGCAGUGGUGGGAGGAUUUUCUCUUCGACAAUGAAGGAAAUACUUGCAUGAACCAAGGACAAGUUUGUUGGGCUAACUUUCCAACUGAUAUGGACCUUUCCGAACUUUUAAGCUAAUCCAACAUUGAAUCUUUAGAUUCAGUCGUGUACGAAAUCUUUAUAUCAAUUUU